CAAUGGAAACGGCAUCAUCUGCACUAGCAAACCCUUCUCAUAAAGCUUUCAGGCACAUCAAGCAACAAAAACCCUCCAAGCUGGGUCCCUGUAGAGCACUGAAUCGAACACUUCCUCGCCAAACUCCAUCUUCUUCUAAAGGUAAGCCUUCAGCAUCAAAGGCCUUUAAUUCUGCACCCAUUGAUCAUCUAUAUAUUUCACAACUACUGUCAAGAACUGAUUGGGUCUUGUUGCUAAAACAUGAGCUAUGUUCCAAGAGGUUAAUGCUUAAUCCUCGUUCUGUUGCAAGUAUUUUUCAAAACCAAGAAAACCCAUUACACUCUAUCAAGUUUUACACAUGGGUUUCGAGUAUCAACCCUUCAUUGGCAAAGGAUCAGUCAGUUCAACGUGUUUUAGGGAACACCUUGUAUAGGAAAGGUCCUGUGGUAUUGUCUGUUGAGUUGCUUCACGAUUUUCAGAAAUUGGGUUUUCAGGUUACUGAGGACUUGCUUUGUGUGUUGAUGGGAAGUUGGGGAAAGCUGGGUUUGGCAAAACAUUGUGCGGAUGUUUUUGGGCAAAUCUCAUUCUUGAGUCUUAGUCCAAACACCAGGUUGUAUAAUGCUCUUAUUGAUGCAUUGGUAAAAUCAAAUUCAAUUGACCUCGCAUAUCUGAAAUUCCAACAAAUGACGGUGGAUAGUUGUUUUCCUGAUAGAAUGACAUACAAUAUCCUUAUUCAUGGAGUUUGCAAAAUAGGUGUGGUGGAUGAGGCUCUUCGCUUAAUCAGACAAAUGAAGGAAAAGGGACAUUUUCCUAAUGUUUUCACGUAUACAAUCCUAAUCGAUGGGUUUUGUAAUGCAAAGAGGGUUGAUGAAGCCUUCGAAGUUUUAGACACAAUGAAGGAAAGUAGAAUAUAUCCUAACGAAGCCACUGUCAGAACAUUAGUUCAUGGAAUUUUCCGUUGCAUAGAUCCAAGUAAAGCACUCGAGUUAUUAUCCAAAUUUUUAGAUAGGGAGCCCAUCCAUUUGAAGUUAGCUUGUGAUACCAUACUCUAUUGCCUAACAAAUAAUUCUAUGGCAAAAGAGAUAAUUAUGUUUCUGAGAAAAGCCCUAGCAAGAUGUUAUGUCCCUGACAAUUCCAUUUUCAAUGUCAUAAUGGCUUGUUUGGUUAAGGAAGCAGAGCUGAAUGAGACAUGUGAGAUAUUUGAAAUUUUCAGAAAGCAAGGUGUGCAGCCAAGCCUUGGUACUUAUCUUGCACUUAUUGAAGCCUCAUUCAAGGGUGAACGGAGAGAGGAAGGGGAUCGAAUUUCCGAUCAAAUGAUUAGGGAUGGACUAAUUUCAAAUGUCUUUUCAUAUAACAUGGUAAUUAAUUGCUUCUGCAGAGCUAAAUUGAUGGACAGAGCAUCUGAGGUUUUCAGAGACAUUCAGCUUAGAGGCUUCAAUCCCAGCCUUGUUACUUUCAAUACCCUUAUUAAUGGCUAUUGCAAGGAUGGAGCAAUAGUCAAGGCACGAGAGCUGCUGGAGAUGCUUUUAGGAAAUGGACUUAAACCUGAUAUCUUCACUUUUAGUUCUAUAAUUGAUGGACUCUGUCGAAUGAAGAGGACUGAGGAAGCUUUUGAAUGCUUUACUGAGAUGAUUGAGUGGGGCAUCAAUCCAAAUGCUAUCAUUUACAAUAUAUUGAUUCGAUCUUUAUGUGCCAUUGGGGAUGUUGCAAGAUCAGUGAAACUUUUAAGAAGAAUGCAACAGGAAGGAAUAAGCCCUGACACAUACACAUAUAAUGCUUUGAUUCAAACUUUCUGUAGGAUAAACAAGGUUGAGAAAGCUAAAAAGCUUUUUGAUUCAAUGUCAAGAUCUGGCUUGAAUCCUGACAAUUACACGUACGGUGCUUUUAUAGAGGCACUGUCUGAAUCUGGGAGAUUAGAGGAAGCCAAGAAGAUGUUUUACUCAAUGGAGACAAGUGGUUGCUCUCCUGAUUCAUAUAUAUGUAACUUAAUUGUUAAAACAUUGCUCCAGCAAGACCGUGUUGAAGAGGCCCAAAAUAUCGUAAAAAGAUGUUGUCAGAAGGGAAUAUUUUUUGAAUUUUAUUCCUAAUCUGUAGACUGAUUUUCUACUAAUUUGUGUGGUGU